ACGCAUCACAACAGGACAGGCAAACGCUUCUUAAUAAGCUAACAUUCACAUUUCUGGCAGCACCUGACCGCACCACAACAGGCAGGCAAACGCUUCUUAAUUAGCUAACAUUCACAUUUCUGGCAGCACCUGAACGCACCACAACAGGAAAGGCAAACGCUUCUUAAUAAGAUGACAAUCGCAUUUCUGGCAGCACCUGAACGCACCACAACAGGACAGACAAACUCUUCUUAAUAAGCUAACAGUCACAUUUCUGGCGGCACCUGAACGCAUCACAACAAGACAGCAAACAUUCACGAAAAUUAUCAGGACUUUCUGCACUUUUUACGCCGAAAUGAACGCCCUAAAGUCGGCUGGGAGAGCUAUUAUUCGGAGGCCCGGUGUGGCUAAACAACCCUGGACUGCUGGAAGAUACAGAAAUGAUCAGCCCUGAGGAAAAGGUGGAGAAAAUGGUCCCAGAUACUGAGGAGAAGUGGAGGGAAGGAGCGGAAGAAGAGGCACAUGUUGGAGAUGGACAAAUAGACGACAAGAAGGAGGGCGAUGAAGAAGCGAGAGAAGAGGCAGAGGAGGAAAAAGUUAAUGUCAUUGACAAAGACGUGAAAGAAAAGAAAAAAGUAAAGGAGGCGAAUCACCUCAAGAAUAAAAGGGCCAAAAAGGCUGUCAGAACUAAAGGGCAGAAGCAGCCUGGGCAGCUGAACCUGAACAAUGAGGUGGUGUAUAUGAGGAAGGAGAUGAAGCGGGUGAGGGUGCUCCUCAUCAGGAAGCUGACACGGCAGAUUGCUGUGCUGAAGAACAAAAAGGGGAAUGAGGUGGAAAUUGAAAGGAAUCAGAAGAGGGCUGCCCGCUUACUGGACGAGAUCCAUGCAAUGAAAACACUCCAUCUGGACCUUGUGACCAAGACGGCCUUGCAGAAGACUCUCAACUUUGAUCAGGUGUGUAAAAACCCAAAGUCCACCAUAUCUGACCGAGCUGUGGCUCGCAUCGCCUCGCACCCGCAGUUCAGUAAGAGGAUCGAGGACAUUAAGGCUGCUGUGAAAGCUUUCCAAGAUGAAAGGGUGAAGCUAGGAAAGCAGGGGGAGAAACAUCAAAAGCUCGAAAAGGAAGACGGCAAGCCAUCGCCGGUUAAAAGGGAAGAAAAAGUGGCAGAAGAAGUGGAGGAAACCGAUGAUUCUGAAGAGCAGAAAAGACAACCAAGUCAAGCUCCAACUCCAAGAAUAAGGCCAGCGUCCGUCAAAAAGUUUGAGGUUAAGGAACCGGCCAGGAAGGAACCACGAGCUAAGUGUCAAGAGAAUAAACCCAAACUAAAGCUGACUCCUAAAACAAAGGAUGGAGAGAGCAAUUCAGAGAUAUUAGACCAGGACAAAUCAGACGGAACCGAGGCUGCCAAACCGGUUCCUAAGCCCACUCUUAGGAAACAAGAUGAUAAUAGCAAUUCUGAGGUUUCUGACAAUUCGAACUUCGACGGUACCGUGGCUGCCAAACCUGGGCCUCAAACGAAACAAGGAGACCAGAGCGAUUCGGAGAUUUCUGAGGACGACAAGUCUGACUUAGACGUCAGCACUGUGGCAGCCAAACAGUUGCUUAAACCCACCCUUGGGAAACAAGAGGACAAGAGCGAUUCUGAGGUUUCUGAGAAUUCGGACAUAGACAGUACAGUGGCUGCCAAACCUGGGCCUAAGCCGACUCAAAUGAAACAAGAAGACCACAGCGAUUCUGAGAUUUCUGAGGACGACAAGUCGGACUUAGACGAUAGUACGGUGGCAGCCAAACAGCUGCUUAAACCCACUCUUAGGAAACAAGAUGACCGGAGCGAUUCUGAGAUCUCAGACGACGAGGACAAACCCUACUUUGACGACAGCACAGAGGAACGCUUCCACAAGCAGUCGUCCCAGUCGGACAGCGACAACGAUUUCUUUGUGGGCAAAGUGAGCAAAUUCAAGAAGAAGAAGAAGGAGAAAGAGGGGGUUAAGGUGCAGUCGGAAAAAGAGGAAACGUCAAAACCAGUGGAUAAGAUUCAGAGCGAGCUUGAUGAGCUGGAGUCCAGGUUACAAGCCAAAGCACCCAAACUAAAGACGGUCUUCUGCUCUUUGUCUCAGUCCAAACCGAGCAGGGGCCGCGGAGGGAAUUCCUUUCAGGGCCGAGGGAAGCCGACGAGCAGAGGAAAUGGAGAUGGUGAAAAACACAGCAGGUUCCAGAAGGAAGAGAGAGGAACGGCAGCCCCAAAGUACAGCAAGAACCCCGAGACCAGACGCUUCCGGCCUGAGGAGGCCACCUUCAGAGGGCGUGGCCGAGGUAGUAAUCCGAGGCAACAUGAUCGCAAAGGAGGAUUUUCCCAUCAUGCAUCACAACAGGCCCUUCAUCCUUCCUGGGAGGCCAGUAAGAAACGGAAGGAGCAGCAGGGCCAGAUUUUGGCAUUCCAAGGGAAGAAGAUCAAGUUUGAUGACGAUGACUGAGGUCAUGUUCAUUUUAUUUGAAAUCAUCGUUGGGAUGUGACUUUGUGAAAAUGUCCAACAUUGUUAUUGUGACCAAACUCACCAGGGGUAGUUAUUACUCAUGCUAAAAUCAUUUUUAAUUAAGAUAAAUAAAACUAUAGCAGAAGGAACUUUAAA